AUGAAGGCUACUCUCUUCGCCCUCGGCGCGUUUGUCGCCAGCGCUUUUGCGCAGUCCAUCGGCGACCUCCCUCAGUGCGGUCAAGUCUGCGUCAAUAACAUGCUUGGCAAGGCGGGCGAAUUUGGUUGCAGCAACACCGAUGCUGCUUGCCUCUGCAAGGACGCUAACUUCGCCUACGGAGUCCGUGACUGCUCGUACCAGUCCUGCCAGAACGACACCGCUGCUGCGAUCGUCGUUGCCUACGGCACUGCGUACUGUGCUUCCGUCGGUGUGGUCGUCCCCAUUGGUAGCGUCUCUGUCAGCGGUGUGAGCCUGACUGCGACCGCCUCUGUUCCUAGUGGCGCUAGCUCUGCGGCCGGUGGUGGAUCUUCUUCUGCCAUCACUACCUCUGAGAUCGUCUCCACUGUCACCGUGAGCGGUUCCACGAGCACUACCACCGUUGGCUCAACCACCAUCUACACAGUCAUUGGUGGUGGAGCCGGUACCACAGGCGGAUCGUCAGGUAGUGCUUCUGGCUCCGGUGCUAGCGGCGAGGCAACUUCAACCGCGGUCACCACGUCCGAGUUCACCACUGUCAUCACGAGUGGCUCGUCGACUAUCACUUCAACUGGCAGCACCACAAUUUUCGGCGUGGGCGGUGUUGGUGGCGCGACCACUCUACCGGAGACUGCUGUCUCUACCGUCCCAGUGGUCUCCACGAUUACCUCAGGCAGCACCACGCUCACGACUACCAUUGGCUCGAGCACCAUCUCUUCCAGCCUGACUGGCUCCGCUGCCUCCAGCGUGCUCUCUAGCCUGGCCAACUCGGCCACUGGCACCACCAGCUCAAGCACUGGCUUGGCUCCUCACCAGACUGCUGCUCCUGCUGCCGGUAUCCUGGCCGCUGCCGGUCUGGCUGCUCUCCUCCUGUAA